CUUUUAACUCCAUUGCAAUGGCUAGGAUGAAUGAGUUGUCCAUUGAGGUUUUCGAGCCUCUGGAGUCUUUUGGCGAUGAUUUUUACUUUUCUCUCUUUGGGGGCACUGUUGAUGUUCAUGGCCCGCACAAAGAGGAUGGGCACAGACUCUCCUUCACCCAUAGGCUCGAGCUUACGAAAGUGAGCCGAGGAGGGCCCUAG